AGAUCGCAAAUCGAUCGUAAUGCGGGCAAGAGGGGGCGCGUUGGUGGCCUUGGCGCUGGCGUGGCAGCUUGCAAAAGCAACUGGAACGGCAGUGGGAAGUGCAGCGCACCAACUAGGUGACGUUAGUCGCGCUGUCAACCUCGUUGCGCAGGCCAACGGAAUAGACAACGCCGGCUUGGCAGUCAACAAUGACAGCGUCGAGGCAUGGCAUCGCCUCGGAGCCGUCGCGUACCACGAGGGCCGUUUCCACGAAGCACAAACGUACCUGGAACGAGCGAUUCUCGUCGCCCCAUCCAUGGAGCUCUCGGGAUUGACACACUGCAACCUUGCUGAGACCCUUCGGAAGCUCCAUCGGCCACAAGAUGGGCUCACUCACGGCCUCGUAUGUCUCAACUUGACAGAUGGGUCCGAGUUUAGCCUGCUGGUGCUUGCAUGGCUGUACAAAGAUCUGGACGAGUCCGCAAAGGCCAUGGAUGCGCUACAGCGUGUUCUUACCAUCAAUAGCCAGCAUCUCGAGGCGUGGGAUACACUAGGAACGAUCUACUUGGAACAGUCGGACGCGGUCUCUGCGUUCGAUGCUUUCAAUCACGUGGUCGCGAUCGACGCCUUCGACUUCCGCGGAUAUGCUGGGCGAGGGCAAGCACUGCAUUUGCAAAGCCUCUUCGAUCGCGCCGAAGCAGACUACGAGAAAGCGCUCCAAAUCAACCCGCAUCACGACCCGACGCUGCAAUACGUUGGAAUUUUGAACCAACAACGGGGCCGGUUGGACCGUGCGGCGGCAAUUUACAAGCAAUUGCUUGUCCGCCAGCCCACAAACGUCGCGCUGCUCAACAACUUGGGGGCGGCCCUCAUGUACAUGGGGCAAGCCGACGCCGCGCGUCCGUACUUGGAACAGUCCAUCCGGGUCGACCCCACCACUCCACAGAGUUAUGUCAACUUGAAGACGUAUUACGCCGAUUCGGGCAACUUGUCCAUGGCGCGGCAGAUGCUCCAGCACGCAUACAACGUCUCGAACGCCGACGUCCUUCUAAUCGACUUGGCAACCCUGCUUCCGCAAGUGUACACGUCUCAGGAACAUCUAGAUUCGACGAGGAAGGACAUGCAUGCAGCCCUUGACGCACUUUUGGCGGCGUCGCUGGACGUCGAGAACCCCGAAGCGUUUGAAAUGCGACCCCCCUUCUACUUGGUCUACCAAGGCCGGAACGACGUCGAUCUCCAGACCAAACUGGCAAAGGUACACAGCAACUCGUGCGCGGCGCUGCAUUUUGAAGCGCCGCACACUCGCGUGGGCGUCGGCAGCUUGAUCGCGUUCGACUCGACGCCGCGCCGACUCCACGUCGGGUUCAUGUCCAAGUUCUUUGUCUCGAAUCACGCGCACGGCAUGCUCCUCCGCGGGGUCUUGCAGCAUCUCAACCGUAAACUAUUCCACGUCACGCUCGUCGUCGUGCCUGAUCCCCAGCAGCCCGUGGAUUCCGCCAUGGCCGCCGCCGCAGACGACAUCAAGGUCCUCAGCAUGCACCUCGCCCACUGCCAGCAGGACUUGGCGGCGCUGCAACUGGAUGUGCUUGUGUUUGCCGAUCUCAUGAGUGAACCCAUGACGUACUUUUCAGCAUUUGGACGGCUCGCGCAUGUUCAAGCGGCUUUCUGGGGCAACCCCACGACGUCGGGCAUUCCUACCGUGGACUACUUCAUUUCGGCAGACGUGAUGGAGUCGAGCCCAGACCCUGCCGUCGACGCGCACUACUCGGAGCAGGUCGUCCUCUUGUCCGGCCUAGGCAUUUGGUACGACAAGCCUGCUGUGCCAGCGCAACUAGGCCAUCGGAGAGACUACAACCUGAGCGAAGCUUGGACCGUCUACAUGUGCCCCCAGAGCGUGUACAAGUUUGUACCAGAGUUUGAUAGCGUCCUGGCCGAGAUCCUGGCCACGGACCCCCAUGGCCACCUCGUGCUGCUCGAAGCUCGUUAUGCUCUAUGGACGCAGCAGUUCCAGACGAGACUUCGCAGCGCCAUGUACAACGCGACGGACCUGUGGAGCCGCGUGCACUUUUUACCGCGGGUCGGUGGCAGCGCCCCUUUUUUGAAGCUCCUCUCGGUGGCGGACGUUGUGUUGCAUCCGUUUCCAUUUGGCGGAUCGAAAACGUCCGCGGAUGCUCUCCUGCUGGGCCUGCCGCUGGUCGCGAUGAAGACACCGUUUCUGCGCUGUCGCAUGGCGUACUCGUUCUACAAGCACAUGGGACUCCUCGAGCUCGUUGCUACUACCGUCGAAGAAUAUGUUGCGAUCGCGUUGAAACUGGGCACAGACGCCGCGCAUCGCAACGAAAUGGCGCGACGCAUCCAGCAGAAACAGCACUUGAUCUGGGAAAACAGGGAGGUCGUUGCCGAGUGGGAACGGUUCCUGUACAACUCGGUGCGUAGUUUGGCCACUUAGACCGCCACAGCUUCCCAUAACGUGAUAAUUCAUCGCCUUUGGCGGCAUGGAG